ACACACCAAAAAAAAAAAAAAAAACUCUCCUCCUUCUUUCACACAAACAUCGAUCGAUCCCUCCAAUUUUUUGUUUUUUUUUUUGUGCGUCUCUGGUUUUCUCUGAUUAACAGCGCAUUCCUCCUCCCCAAAAUUGAAACCUAAAUCCGGCCACCGCCAUGCCAUCCCUCAAAACCAGCAUGGCCGCUGCUUCCUUCUCCUCCAAACCCUACAAAUGGCCUCGCUCCUCUUUCCCUCCUUCCCCUUCUCCCAAUUCCUCCACCGCCGCCGCCGUCCCUCUUCCGUCCCCUUCCUCCGCCGCCGCCGCACCGCCGUCGCUCUGUUCAGCCCCGAUCAGUUGCGGCAGAGCGUGGCGCAGGAUACCACCCUGCGCACACCUCGCUCCUUUUAAUGAUUCCCGGUACCCAAAUUUUAGCUGUAGCAGUAAUAAUAAAAAAGAUAUUUAUUUUAAUAUAACCACCACCAGCAGCAGCAGCGGCAGUUUGUUGUUAUUAGGGCUACCUGGAGGCAGCGGGCGCUCUCCUUUCUCAUCCUCAUCUUCUUCCCUCCGAAAUUGUGGCUUGACGCCGUUUGCGAGCAAGGCCGGAUCCUCCGCUGGAUCCGAUUCUUCCUCCUCGCCGUCGUCGCCUUCCGGGUCCGGUGGUGUGAUCGCGGAAGAUAUGGGAUCCGAUAACAAGGCCGCCGCGGACGGCGUCGAGUGGUACCCCGCUGGCGACGGCGUGAACGGAUUGGACCCUCGGCCUUCUUCUUCUUCUUCGCCGUCGCCCGAUCGUCGGAAGCAAGAGGAAUGCUCGUCGAAAUUUCUCACGUUGCCGACGAUUUUGACCCUCGGCCGCGUUGCCUCUGUGCCGCUUCUCAUCGGCACCUUUUACGUUGACACUUGGUUGGGAAGAACGGCGACAACUAGUAUCUUUCUUGCAGCGGCAGUCACUGAUUGGCUUGAUGGGUACCUUGCACGAAAGAUGAGGUUAGGGUCUGCCUUCGGUGCAUUUUUGGAUCCUGUAGCUGACAAGCUUAUGGUUGCUGCUACCUUGGUCCUCUUGUGUACAAGACCUUUGGAAGUUCCAAUGUUUGGACCAGUGCCCUGGCUACUCACUGUGCCUGCUAUUGCUAUUAUUGGUCGCGAGAUAACAAUGUCAGCAGUCAGAGAAUGGGCUGCUUCGCAAGAUACGAAGCUUCUAGAGGCUGUUGCUGUAAAUAACUUGGGGAAAUGGAAAACUGCUACACAGAUGACUGCGUUAACCAUACUCCUUGCUACCCGAGAUGGAGGGUUGGUCAUUCUGUGCUUGUGCCUCAUAAGGGUUUCUUCAAUUCGUGGUCAUUCUCAGGUUGGAGGCCUUGGGGCAUUUGUAGCUUCUGGUGUUGGGUUGCUUUAUAUUUCAGCAGGUCUCUCAGUAUAUUCUUUAGCUGUGUACAUGAGUAAGAUAUGGAAAGUACUGCUCAAGUAGCUAGCUUGACUUUGCUCCGACCUGCAUGGCUUUGGACAUAAUCCUCGUCGUGACUAUCGAUUCUUGCUAGUAACUGUGGAUUAAGAGUAAAGCUGUUGUACAGGAGAGAAGUCUCGGCUCAUCUCGAACCCUUUUAAAGGUGAAGCCGUCUCUCCCUGGACGUGGUUGUCGAGCUUUUGCUGGUGUUUGGGAAGCAACAGAUCAUAACACUAUGAGAUUCCAAUGUAUAUGCUACAUAUAUAUAUUUGGACAAUAGCCUUUCUCUGCUUUAGAUAUUAGCCGGAUUUUGGUCGGCAGUGGAUUAAGGUUGAAGCUUCGCUUCCACAAUGCUGGUCUACGAGUUUGGACCUCGGCAGGAACCUAUGUGCACCGAUAAGAUGAGCUGUGAUGAAACCACCAAUCUUCUGUUUUUCUUAAGUAGGCAAUAAAACACAGAGACUUGUUUGGGUGAAGCUUGAGUUGUUAUACAGCAUUAAUGCAAUAGCAGUGGCAUAAGAUUUCAUUUGUAAUUGUUGCAUUUUGUGGCAAUAGAACAUACACGACAUAUAAACAUCGGAUCGAUAUUUUUUUAUCCGUUGUAUUUGCUUAUGUUGAUGUCUGCCUGUUGGUAGCAUUACCAUUGCCAACUGAAAUUAACAGUCUAGCUACUGUUGUCAUUUCCUCAAUUAGACUUGGAUCUUUCCCUGCAAAGCGUUUAUUGUAGUUCUCGACGUGCUCCUUUGGAUCGCGCCGAGUUUGGUUGUAGCCCUCAAUUUUGCUCAUCUCCUGUAUCCAAGUAGCAAGUUUAGGCCUUUUGGCAGUG